AGCACAGUCGAGUCCAGUCAAAGCAGAGCAGUAAGCAGUAGUAAUGGACAAGGAUGUGACUUACUUAGCUUGAUUGCUCCCUGAUUUGGUUUCUUGCCCCUUGCUUGUGGCCUCUUGAGUCCUGUGGAGCGCUGAAGACCAGGGGAAAUAAGAGAAAAGCGACAGUGCCCCAUUCGCACCAUUCAGUAUGUCAUUUGAAUGGGAACUGAGUAAAGAGAACGUUCGGCCACUGAAACAGGGUCGCAACAUGGACACAUUGAAUGCUGCUCUUGGACAGCAAAAGCCAACGCUUCAACGAAGCUUGGAAGCGCAAAGAGCUGAGUACGAAAAGCAUUUGAGCGAAGAGGCCAGUGAAAGUGAUGAUCCCGUUGCCCUGUAUCAGAAUUAUGUGUCAUGGGUGGAGCAAGCGUAUCCAUCCGGAAAUCGGAAGGCUUUGAAUGAAGCUCUGGAGAAGAGCAUACGUGCCUUGGUGGACAUGAAGGAUGAUGUCCGAUGCCUCAAGCUUUGGUUGAAAUAUAUUGAUCUGAUGGGUGAUGCCAGCAAACAGCUGCCCUUAUUCGACCACCUGCAGUCAUCCCAGUAUUUUCAAGAUCAGGCUUUGUUUUACGAAGCCUGGGCAGCUCUGCUGGAAUCAAUGCAACGCCAUAAAGAUGCCGAGAAUAUUUAUAGGCGUGGCCUGGAGCGCAAAGCAGCCCCGCUCGCUCGCCUGGAGAGACACCACAAGGAAUUUGAGCAGCGUGUGAUGGCUGGUGUUGUUCUUGCGUCCAAACGACCGAUUGCAGACACAACAAGAGCAUCCCAACCCACGCGUAAAGCCCUGUCUGAUCUUGGUGACCAGCCAGGUGUUGGCCGCUCUGGCUCUGCUAUCCAUGGUUCAGCUGGCGUUGUGAACACACGCAAAGUAACACCACUGACUAACGCACGUCCGACCGUGCUCGAUGAGAAUGGGCAAGUGGCGUGUAGCCAGCAGUCUCACUCAACAUCGAAGCACAUCGGCUCUGGCCUCUCUUAUUCAGACAAGGAAAAUGUCAAGGCUGCUGGCAAGUGGGCUACUAAUAAGGUGGAUGCGCCACAUGCUAUUGGCUUCUCAGAUCUGAAGAAAGGUUCAUCUUCUGUGAAAGUGUUUGGAGAGCCCGAAGCUGCAGUAAUGCCAAAGAGCAUUGGACCAGAGACGAAGAAUGUAGUUCCUGCAUCUGUUCUAAGACCUCACAAGGCUACAGCUGCUGACAGUGCUGGUGGUUUGGCCAGCAUAUCCAAGCCACAGCCACCACGCGAGCAGCCAGUUUAUCCCAAGGCCCUUGUCUACACGGAGUACGGAGAGUUUUCACUGGAGGAAAUCCGCGCACGUCAAGCGCUGCAGAUGUAUGCUGAAGAGCAGGUGCAGUCAUCCGAUCCUGAUGCAAUGGACUUGACACGGGUGAUCGGUCAGCCUAUUCAGGUAUCUAUUGACCGUGAUACCAUCACCAGACUGACUGCAAAGAGGGAGCUCACCAUCACUCGCCGCCUCAGUUUCGAUGGUCUCACACCAGAGCUGAGUGGCCGACCUAAUCGGGCAUUUGACUGGAAUGCAUCUGGUGGUUCCCGUGAAAUGCCGACUGGUUUGGCUAGACCCUGCGCUGCUCCAUCAUCCAACUCUCUGAACCGGUCCUCUAGUACUAUAACCCCAUCACCAGCUCAGAACUCGUCUAAGAAUCAUUUCACAGCAACCACUCCGCUGCCUACUGGUAUUGUUGGAGAACGGUUUCCGACUGUUCCAGCCAAUGCUCCGGCUGUGUUUGCACCUUCCUCCAAUGCAUCGGCAUUGGCACUGUUAGGUGGCCAGUCAUCAUCUACACAAGAGAACCAGCGUCCCGCAUCGGCAGCUUCAGCUGAUGUUUCCUUUGCUGGCCGCUCGUCCAGUAUGACUUUCCUUGGUCCUGCCGUCACACCCACCAUGACAUACCACACACGUUAUGCCACCGAUCGCAUGAUGUCCGCCAUGAAAUCUAACGACCUUGACAAUGCGUCUCUUCUGGUGGACUCUCAUCAACGAAGUAGCGUCCAGCAGAAGGCUGGUGUCAGUGCUGCGGCGGUGGCGGCUAUUGCUGUACCAGCUGUUGCACCAGCAGCAGCAGCAAGCACCCGUAUUGCAUCUGUGCCUACAUGCUCUGCCUCUACGGCUUUCACCAGCCAGCCCACUGAGCCGGGCUUCACCAUCUUUGAUGAAACAGCGCCAUCUGAAGGAAUUCAGAUUUACGAUGAGUCUGCCGCUGCCCAUCCCGUGGACAAAGAGAACAGUGGCCGUGUUCGAAAGCCCCGUCAGAAUUCUGGUCUGCGUGGCCUGAGUCAGCGAGAAGUAGCCCAACCAGCUGCAGCCCCAGCUAGCAAUGAGGAAGGGAUGGAUGACGGCUGUGAUGCAGCACCGCCGAUGGCGCCGUGUUCAUUAGCUCACUCCACGCCCGGCCCUGCAUCUCAGAAUGUAGCAAUGGGACACCCGGCAUUGUCUACCAUUCGUCAACCUCACCGUGUCAACUCGGGUGAUUGUGACGAGAGUUCAACGGCCACAUGGCCCAAUACGAAGAAGCUCAGUCCCAUUGAGGAGGAACUAUCUCGUACUGGUUCAUCUUUGUCACGUUCUAGUAGCACCGGCUCCAAUCGCAGUGGCAUGUGCUCAACCAUUGCGUCUGUGCAGCACGACACCAUUGCUGAAGAAGAGCCUAUGGAUGAGCCGGUGUCCAUUCCGGCAGAUCCCAGUGCCUCCACAUGCUUCCCAGACGAGACCGUCAUCAAUGGCCUGUACGUUGGUGAUCCGUUUUCGCCAGGCAAGCGGGCAAAGUGGAUGCAGCACAUUGGGUCUGAUCUCUCUGAUCACCCAGGCUACAAGGAUCUCUCAACAAAACCACUACCGGAAGUCAGCGAGAAACUCCUUGGCAAAGCCGUUAUUCUUGAUGAGGAUGAUGAGAGGUCCGUGUUUGUCCUGAAAGACUUGCUCGGGACUGGUGCAUUUUCAACUGUAUUCUCAGCGAACCAUGUUGCUCAGGACUUUGCCAAGGACAAAGAAGACAUUGUUGCCCUGAAGGUAUCGGAGACAGAGAUACCGGACAUGUGGGAGUUCUUCCUGGCCAGUCACCUGCCGCAGCGUAUCACCAAUGCUGGCCACGCAGACGCAGCUGGGUAUUUCAUCAAUGUGAAGCAGUGCUUUCACUAUGCUAAUGGAACGUGUAUGGUUCUCAAUCGCUUUAAGUGCACACUCCUGGACGUGGUGAAUAUGUACAAGAGUCGUCAUCAGACCAUGCCAGAAGCAUUGGUACUGUACUACACCUGGCAUAUGCUGCACGCUGUGGAAGCAUUGCACGCAGCCGGCUAUUUGCAUGCUGACAUCAAGCCUGACAACUUUGUCAUUUCCAAUGACCUAUUUAUCUUGGCAAAGUUCCUGCAGGACUCCAGUGCCAACCUGGUGAGCAGCAAACUGUCCGAGCUGAACCGUGUCAAGCCAUUGCACUUGAUUGACUACGGCCGCGCUAUUGACAUGUCCUGUUUACCGGCCAGCACUUCAUUUAACGCAACUGUCGACACGGACGACUUUGCCUGCGUGGAAAUGAUCGAGAGUCGUCCCUGGACACAGCAGAUUGAUACAUUCGGUGUGCUUGGAACCAUCCAUGUCCUCCUGAAUGGUGAUUACAUGAAGGUGGUUAAAAAGAACUCAGCCUCAAACCCGUGGCAACCUACCGUACGCCCAAAGAGGUACUGGAACCCUAUCUGGAACAAGCUCUACUCCCAGCUCCUGAACGUUCCAAGUUGUUUUGAGCAACCCGACUUGGCCCCCCUCAGAGAAGGUGUUGGCAAAGCAUUGGAAGCCAAUGCACCCAAGCUUUACCAAGCCCUUUUAGUACAGCAUGAAAUUUUAUCAGUUUAACCAUUUGAGUGCUUGAUUUUAUUUUCCUCCUGUACACCAUCCCUGUACACCAAGUCCCAUCUUUCUCCCCUGGUUAAAAAAUAUUAUUUGUCCCAACGUUCUAAUGUAUCUCCAACGUUCUAUUGUGUACCAGAUCAUUCCAAUAAAACUACCUGUUUUUCUCUUAUAACAACUACUGCCGGCUUCAGAGCCUUUCUGGUGUAACAGCUGCUCAACGCUACAUAGAUUUCACGUGUGCGUGUCACAAGUGAUCAUCUCAUUUGUUGUGCCCCAUGCCCCUUGCUUCUUCUUCUUCUUCUUCUUCUUCUCUCUCUCUCUCUCUCUCUCUCUCUCUCUCUCUCUCUCUCUCUCCUUUCAUGCCUGCUUGUGUGGAGAUCCCAGCUUUUUCUCGCACUUGCAGCAACAUGUUCCUUUCCUUUUCACUGGCCGCACCCUGAUAUGAUUCUGUGGAGUGUACCUGAGCACUUGCCUGUCGCCAUGCCCAAGUACUUAUUGCCGCCUACUUGGGAAAAAGUAGUAUUGCCUGUUUAAUGUUUCUGGCAAUUCUACAAAUUUUGUUUUCGUUUUGAUGGGCACUUCAGAUUGUUCUGCAAGAAAGAGAACUGUCUUGUUCAUUUGUUUUCACUGAUAAUAUCAGAUUAUGUUGUUCUGUUGUUUCUUGCAUUGCUGUGAAUGUGUACAUCGCUACUCUGCAUAGUAAUGAACUCACAGUGAAGCUGCUGCCGUUUUUCAAUCUUAUCGCUCAAGUGUGCCGUAACUUUGUGAAAGUGCUCUGCUGCUCGUUGCAUUUAUACUUUAGGCAAUACAAAAGGUUUGAAUUGUG